GCCAGGCAAGUCCCGGGCCAUCUGGGCCAGCUCGGGAGGCGUCGGUGGGGGCAGGGCGCCCCUUCCCCUCCCCUGGCGAGGCCGAGCUGGCCUCUUUUGGCAUCCUGCAGCCGGGGAAAGAGACCGGCUGGCGAAGGAGUUCGGCCUGGCCCCGCUGGCCGAGGAGCAGCCAGAGUGCCAGCCGUCGAGGGGCAAAUCCGCAGCGGCGCGUCCCAGCCUGGGGUUCGUGGGGAAGUCGCGCCGCCUCAAAGGAAGGAGCAGCUCCCGGCGAGCGUCGGAGCCGCAGCCCAGAAUCCCUGAAGCUAUCCUGCCGGGGUUGUCCUGCAAUGCAACACCAAGGGACCAGUGGUGUGAACCAGCUGGGGGGGCCCUUCGUGAACGGCUGCCCCCUGCCCAACUUCAAGAGGAAGAGAAUUGUUGAGCUGGCUUCGUGUGGGCUGCGUGCUUCAGACAUCUCCCGUCACUUGAAGGUUUCCAACGGCUGUGUCAGCAAGAUCCUCACCCGCUACUACCAGACGGGGGCCGUCCAGCCAAAGGGCGUGGGAGGGAGCCGCCCUCGGACAUCCACGCCGGAGGUUGUGGCCCGAAUUGCCCAGCUGAAGUGGGAACAGCCGUCCCUCUUUGCCUGGGAGAUUAGAGGGAAGCUGCAGGCGGAGGGGGCCUGCGCUGCCAACAGGAUGCCCAGUGUGUCCUCCAUCAACCGAAUCCUUAGACGUCUGCCAGUGGGGAUGCCCUUCGCAGAGCAGGCUGCCUUCCUCAAGCCUCUGCAGUCAGGUCCCACCUUGCCUUGGGAGAGGAGUCCCCAGGGUUCAGAGGAGAGGACAGAGGCCCCGGCUCCCCCCGAGGGGCUGCAGGAGGUGGCGAGGCCCCCCGCAGCAGGCAAGCCAGGCAGGAACAGGAGCCGCACUGUCUUCUCCAAGCAGCAGCUGGAGGUCUUGGAACAAGCAUUCCAGAGAGGGCCGUAUCCAGAGACGGCUGCCCGGGAGGAGCUGGCUUCUGCUACCGGGCUCCCAGCUGACACCAUCAGAGUUUGGUUCUCAAAUCGAAGGGCGAGGCAACAGCGAGAGGCCAAGGCCACGCUGGACACAGGACACACAGGUUCUGGCCUGACCCCCUCCCCAAUUCCAGGUGUUCUUGUCCUGCCCUAAGGGGGGGGGCUUCAAAAAAGUCUGUGUACUAACUUC